AUGGCUGCGGCGGGCCCCGGCGGGGCUGAGCCGCGGGCGGGGGGGGGCGGGGGCACGCAGCUGAGUUGUGCAGAAGGCGCUGGCGCAUGCGAGCUGGUCCGACACAUUGAUCGACGGAUCAGCAUCUCCAAACCUGGAGGGCUCCGCACAAGUGCGCCGCUCCAACGACCCUCACGCAGGAAGGAUGAUCGCACCCUGGAGAGCAAGCUGGUCAAGUACUUCAGCCGGCAGCUCUCCUGCAAGAGGAAGGUGGCCCUGCAGGAGCGCAACGCCAAGCUGGAGGGCUUCCCCCAGCUCCUGCACUGGUUCCGCAUCGUUGACAUCCGCAAGGAGGUGAUGGAGGAAAUAGCCCCCGGGCAGCUGAGCCUGGAGGAGCUGCUGGAGAUGACGGAUGACCAGGUGUGUGAGACCGUGGAGAAGUUUGGGGCCAACAGUGAGGAGUGUGCCCGCCUCAAUGCGUCCCUCUCCUGCCUCCGCAGCGUCCAUAAAUCUGGCGGCAGCCUCUCCAAGCAGGACUGGACCAUCCAAUGGCCCACGACAGAGCCGGGCAAGGAGAACCAGCCGGGCUGUCCCCCAGAACCCGCCCCGUGGAGCCGCACGCACCUCUCGGCCAGCCCAAAGCCCCCCGCCAAGUGCGCCCAGCACCACUGCCACGGCCCCCUCUACACCCACGUGGACCGUCUGACCGUGGAGGGUCACCCGGGGCUGUGUCCCCCCGUGGAAUCCGGCCACCGUUCCCUGCCUCCCUCCCCUCGGCAGCGACACGCCGCUCACACCCCUCCACGAACCCCCAACAUCGUCACCACCAUGACGCCGCCGGGCACGCCGCCCCUGCGCCGCAGGAACAAGCUGAAGCCCCCCGGCACUCCGCCCCCCGCCUCCCGAAAACUCAUCCACCUCCUGCCCGGCUUCACCGCCCUGCACCGCAGCAAGUCGCACGAGUUCCAGCUGGGGCAUCGCGUGGACGAGGCGCACACCCCCAAAACAAAGAAGAAGAACAAGCCCCUCAACCUCAAGAUCCACAACAGCGUGGGCAGCUGUGAGAACAUCCCUGCUCAGCGCUCACCGCUGCUCUCUGAGCGCUCCCUGCGGUCCUUCUUUGUGGGGUACCCUCCGUUCCUGCCCUCCACGCCUCCCGUCCACACCGAAGCCACCUUCUCUGCAAAUACGCUGUCAGUGCCUCGCUGGUCCCCACAGAUCCCCCGCCGAGACCUGGGCAAUUCCAUAAAGCACAGGUUCUCCACCAAGUACUGGAUGUCCCAGACCUGCACUGUCUGUGGGAAAGGAAUGUUGUUUGGCUUAAAGUGCAAAAACUGCAAGCUCAAGUGCCACAACAAAUGCACCAAAGAGGCCCCUCCGUGCCAUCUGCUGAUCAUCCACCGCGGAGGGAGACGAGCCGUGCGGGGCGAGGCAGAUUUGCAUUGCAAACCGCUUCCACCCACCCUCCCCCUGCCACCUUUUCUUUUCAGAUUCCCCACCGCACGGGCACGGUUGGUGCGGACUGAGUCGGUGCCCUGUGAUAUCAACAACCCCCUGCGCAAGCCCCCACGCUAUUCAGAUCUGCACGUCAGCCAGACACUCCCCAAAACCAACAAGCUCAAUAAGGACCACAUCCCGGUGCCCUACCAGCCAGACUCCAGCAGCAAUCCUUCCUCCACCACUUCCUCCACGCCAUCCUCUCCGGCCCCACCACUGCCACCCAGCGCCACGCCGCCGUCCCCGCUGCACCCAUCCCCACAGUGCCCACGUCAGCAGAAGCAGUUCAACCUGCCAGCCUCCCAUUACUACAAGUACAAGCAGCAGUUCAUUUUCCCAGAUGUGGUACCUGAGACACCAACCCGAGCCCCACAGGUGGUCUUGCACCCUGUCACAUCCAACCCCAUCCUGGAAGGAAAUCCAUUACUUCAAAUUGAAGUGGAGCCCACGUCAGAGAAUGAGGAAGGCACCGAGGAGGCUCAGGAGUCAGAGGAUGACUUUGAGGAGAUGAACCUCUCACUCCUCUCUGCCCGCAACUUCCCCCGCAAAGCCAGCCAGACCAGCAUCUUCCUGCAGGAGUGGGACAUCCCCUUUGAGCAGCUGGAGAUUGGCGAGCUCAUUGGCAAGGGCCGCUUUGGGCAGGUCUUCCAUGGCCGCUGGCAUGGGGAGGUGGCCAUCCGCCUCAUUGACAUCGAGCGGGACAAUGAGGACCAGCUGAAAGCUUUCAAGAGGGAGGUGAUGGCGUAUCGGCAGACGCGGCAUGAGAAUGUGGUGCUCUUCAUGGGAGCCUGCAUGAGCCCUCCCCACCUUGCCAUCAUCACGAGCUUGUGUAAAGGACGGACUCUCUACUCGGUGGUGAGAGACGCCAAAAUCGUCCUGGAUGUCAACAAGACGAGGCAGAUAGCGCAGGAGAUUGUGAAGGGCAUGGGGUACCUGCAUGCCAAAGGGAUCCUCCACAAAGAUCUCAAGUCCAAAAAUGUUUUUUAUGACAAUGGGAAGGUUGUGAUCACGGACUUCGGCCUCUUCAGCAUCUCGGGAGUUCUCCAGGCAGGCAGGAGGGAGAACAAACUGCGGAUCCAGAAUGGCUGGCUGUGCCACCUGGCCCCUGAGAUCAUCCGCCAGCUCUCGCCUGACACUGAGGAGGACAAGUUGCCCUUCUCCAAGCACUCGGAUGUCUUUGCACUGGGCACCAUCUGGUAUGAGCUGCACGCACGGGAAUGGCCCUUCAAGACACAACCAGCGGAGGCGAUAAUAUGGCAGGUUGGGCGAGGGAUGAAGCCCAACCUCAGCCAGAUUGGGAUGGGCAAGGAGAUCUCGGACAUCCUACUCUUCUGCUGGGCCUACGAGCAGGAGGAGCGACCCACCUUCACCAAGCUCAUGGACAUGCUGGAGAAACUGCCAAAGCGCAACCGUCGCCUUUCCCACCCCGGGCACUUCUGGAAGUCAGCAGAGCUGUGACCAGAGGAGCUGAGGGAUGGUGCCUUCCUCCCCUGCAUUUCUCCUCUUCCUCGCUGCUCUCCUUCAUGUGCCAAGAAGGGAAGAGUGGUAGGCACUGUGGGAUGGACUGGGACGGGAUGGGACUACCACAGCAUCUCCCUGCACUGAAGAGGAGCUGAUGGCCAGAGAUGCGUGGGGACACCGUGGUGGCAGGCAGACAGCAGGGGCCAUGUGCACAUGGGGCUGUGGGGCUGCUGGUCCCAUGAUGUGCAAGGACAGGUGGCUGCUGUUCAACCCCAGGGCUUCUCUGAUCCCAAUCAGUAUGGUCAGUGCUUACAGCACUCCUUUGGGGCUUGCUUUUUUUCAUUCUAGGGGAUUUUAUUUAAUUUCCUAGUGUUUUUAUUUUAAAGGUAGAAAACUAAGGGGGAAUGCUGCUGAUCUGUGGGUUUGUGCUGCCACUAUUAGCUGCUCCCCACAGGGAAAUGCACCCACAGUGUCAGCUCCUCAGCCCCUCACCACGGCAAUGGUGACCUUUCACAAGUGGCUCUGUGCUCCUGGCUGUGCCCAGGUCCUCCCCAGGCUGUUCCUUUGCAGGGCCCAGCUCCAUGGCCCCAGUGGCUCAUCCCUGUGCCUGGCACAUAGCUCAUCUGCCACCCCUUCCAUCUCCUGUUUCCCCUUCUCCCCCUCCGGUUACAUCUGUGGGGUACUGAUGUCUGUUUGUCAGAUGCCAGAGGCUGUGUUGGGUUUUAGGACUGGUGGAUGGAGCAAGGGGAGCAGUCUCUGGUUGUACAGAGCCGGUGCCCCCCUCCCAGCCCCAUAGCCAUCCCAUGCACCCACAGCCAGAGCCAAUGUGCUGUGCUUUGGUGCUGCCAUCUGAGCACCUUUUGCUGGCAUUUCCCUCCCCGAGCCCAUUCUACAUGAGCUGUCAUUGCAACAGUGGGGAGAAAACUGUGUUUUCAGGAUCUUAUUGAACAUAAUUGCUGGUCAGGAGCUGUCCUAAAUAAUUCAGCCGUGCCGUAAGUUGGCUUGAACUCAGAGACAUUGCAAAGUGAUCAGCCUUAUAUGUCUCAAACUGUUGGUGUCUGAACCACUUUAGCCAAAAUGAAUGAAGGUUAAAGCCCUCUGCUAAGCACUGGGCAGAUCGUUACAUGAGCAAAGAUCCUGAAGGUCCUUCCUAGGAACGUCCUGGGAAGAAGUUUCUUUGGACAAGGCUCAGGCUGGUGCUUUUAGGGUGGUUUCAGUGCCACGUGGUUUCCUCCUGGAUGUUUGCACAAAGGAUGGAGUUUCUCAUCCCCUGCCCUCCCUAACACACCCCAGUGCCCUGUCCUACCCCAGCCUUGUUUUCUGCUGCCUGUUCUCCCCACCUGAACAGUUCUCGCUCCAUCCUCUCUGCGUGUGCCAUAAACGUUGCACUAAACCUCAGAGCCUGUCUGAAUUCUUACCAAUGCCUUCAUCAAGGGGUCUGUGGGUCCUGUCCCAGUGGGCUGAGCCCUGAGCACUCUGUGCACCCCUGAGAUGGACAGGAGAGACACCCAACGCAUGGACAUUUCAACACUUCAAGUUGAAUUUUCCUACACGCUGUGAUGGCACUGAGCCCAUGUUGAGUGACUGAUGCAGGAGCAAUGCAUGGCUCCUGGUUUUGUUUUCCAAGAUGUGAGCCCUCUAGGCGUGAGUUGGAAAGACGGAGGCUGUGCCCAACAAUAGAGUGGAAAAACCUGAGAGAUGCUGUGCAGGUUUGCAAUGGGGUACAUCAACCUUGAAAACCUUGCCUAUUACUGACCACUCCUUAUGAGGUCCCUCCAGCUGUUGGUAGAUGUCCAUCAGAUGAGCACUGUUGGUUGGGGCAUUCCAUUGCUCCAGUCCCUGUUGAAGCAACACACAUCUCCAUGCUGCCCCUUGGCCAUCCAAACGGAGCUGGGUAAAGCUAUGGCCAACAAGUGUGCCCAGCCUGACCACCCCACUGCUCUUUCUGCCCUAUUUUCCUCCCAGGAACGUCUCUAUCCAUGGGGGCUGUUACACAACAGCACCAACAGAAAGACCUGCCCUAUAUUCACCAUCCACACGCCCAGACAAGCAGCUCCCUCCCUUCUGUUCAGCGCAGCAGUGGCUGUUGGUACAGCCAUGCUAUUUGCAUCAUGCCUUCUUAUUUAUGAAAGUCUUAAUUAUUAAAAGAUAUAUUUAUUUUUCCCCAUUCUUUGGGUUUUUUUGGGGUGUUUUGUUUGUUUGUUUUUGUUUUAUAUUUCUCAGGCCAUUACAUGGAGAGAAGGUGGGAGCUGCUCUGCACAAUGCCUGCCAAUGGGCGUCCACCCAAUGGGGUUUGGAGGUGCAGUAGGCAGAGCAGGGAUGGGUUUGGGAGCACAUUGAGAGCAGCUCCCACCAUCCCACAGCGCAUCCUCAGCCCCUGCAUGGCCCCAAACACUGCGUGUGCCGUUGGGUUGCUCAACCAGGCAGUGCUUGGCCACCAUUGGGUGGUACCCAUCGCCUGCAUUGUUCCUAGGUUUAUUUAUUUUAACUUAUUUAACUUAUUUUAACUUAUUUUUGUUUUGCAAGUGGUGUUGUUUUUUUUUUUUCUGGGAAGCUUUGCCAGCCUUCUUGAUUUUUGUUCUCUAUAAAGCGCGCUGUUACAUUCUCCUGUACAUAAGGUAUAUAUAAAUAUAUAUACAUAUCUCCAUAUGUAUGUAUAUAGAUAUAUACAUAUCUAAAGAGCUCGAAAUCCUGUACAGUUUCAAACCAAACUCGGUGGCUGCUUUGUUUUCUCCGUGUUAGUUCUGACCGUUGCAGAAUGAGCUGCUUUUCAUUUCCCUUCUCCUCCUUCUGUUUCCUUUUUAUAAAUAUAUACAUAAAUAUAUUAUAUAUAUUUUGUUGUUGUUGUUGCAAAAACUCUUGUCACUGGAAAAGAGCAAUUGUUUCCGGUGGGGGGGAGGGGGGAUAAAUAAAUGAAAAACACACAUACAAACAAAAAAAGAAGAAAAAAAGAGUAAAAUCUGAGAAAGGCGCGAUGGAGCUCCCUGAUGUAAAUUUGUACAGUAACAUUUAUAACGUUUUCUACACUUUAAGAAAGUAUUUAUAAUUUCUGCUGUCUGACUGAGUGCGACCCUCCGUGACUGCAGAGUGGUGAGCCCUAUGUCCCUGUGGUUUGUCGUGCAGUGUUUGGUGAGGUGACAGUGUAUGAAUUAUUUAUGCCAAUAAAAAACACUUUGAAAAUGA